GCGCAAGCGCAGACCGCGUUGCCUGACAGUGGUAAACAGACGUCAGAAGGGAGUCUUCGCCUCUAGUCAAAACAAAACAAAACAAAACAAGUCAAAAAGCUACUGAAGGAGUGAAUAUUUGAACAGCCACAACCACAGGAAGUUUUCCAAAACUCCUCGCUGAUUAAAAACGGCUACUUGGAGUAAGUUAUUGAAGGCUUUUCACGGACUUUUUCACGGAUUGUAACUCUGGAGUAGCGGGAGCUUAACCAGCUAACGUUACGGUGGCUAUCGUGCUGUUUUCAAAGUGCGGCGAGUGGGAGUCGACAGACCUCCGAGGCGACUCAACUUCACCUAACACCCGGGAAUUCGCCUAGUAGUUAGUACCGAGACCGCAGGUCGAAGAUUUUCUGAGCUCCGGGCCUCGGUCCGAGAGGGUUUUACAACAGCUUCUUUGAGCAUCGUGUGCCGCGGCAGGAGUGUGGAGAAACAUGGCAGAUGGUGACAUGCGCCCGGCCGCAAUGUGGCGGAUCGUGCAGACCUGAAGCACGGACUACUCCUACGUACAUUUCUCUCAUCUCACACUUUUAUUUACUUAAAAAACACUAUUUGACAGUUGACUCGAAUCUGCUCUCCCUUUCAUCUUCCAUCGCUCGACAUUUCUCUGGUUGUUGACUUCCAGCGGCUUCAACGUAACGUUGCAGGCCAAAGAGACGGCGGCCACAGUCUCCACUGAGUUUUACCAUUUUUUUUGGCAGCUGGCUAACAAAAUCGUUGCUGGGAUAAUCAACCGCCAUACGCUUUUACAACUUGGAUUAAACUGGACUUGUUUGCGACUGUUUUUUGUUUUGUUUUAAAGUUUUGUGGAGUUUUUAUAUAUGUAGACUGUACUCGCGGAGAGCCCAGACAUCACGUUUACAAGUGGAGACGGACAGGGGCUGUCCUGAGAAGAUCCUUUGUAACAGGAGCCAGCUAAUCCCUGUUUGUAGUCUUCAAAGCUUUACAGUAAAGAAAUUGGGUCGAAUUAGAAAACAUAUCUAAUUUGACAAAUUGCUUACGGAAUAAUCCUUCAUUUUGAUGAAUUUUUAAAAAAUCAUUUUUUCAGACACAUUUAAAGUAUACUUUUUACAACAUUUACCCGUUGACAAAUACUUAAAUUGAGUGUUUAUUAACAGGAAUGGCAUUAUUCUGCAUCCAUAUACCUUUACGAUUUUGGUAUUCAUUUUUAGGUGAGCCCAAACCUCUGUAGAUCCAGAUGUUUUGGAGCUCAUUGCCACUCUGCCACUUUUGUCUUUAUCUAAUUCAAACAAAGGGACUCUCAUCUCAACCUUCCUUCAUUCUAUAUAAAUCGAAAGGUUUAUGAUAGUUACUAUUAAGGAGAUUAUUUGGGUUCCCUAAUCUCCAAUCGGAGGAUUAACUGAGGUCAUUGGUGUGUCCAGAUUAUUACGUCUCUUCUCCAGGCCCCUCUGUUUACACCCCCGCAGUGGCUGAAGCAAUUUUCUUUUGUGUCGUUUUUUUUAACGCAUCAUCCACUCAAAGUUUACUUUAACUUUUCAAGGUAGCCUAGAUGUUUUGAGUGGACUCAUCUUUUUGGUUGAGCGGAACUUCAGAGGACGGCCAUGGAGAAGUUGUCGGUGCCCCCGAUUGACCCAGAUUUCGAGCCGCAAAGCAGACCCCGCUCCUGCACGUGGCCGCUGCCGAGACCCGACAUCUCUGCUGUCAAACCGGAGGGGGCGGAUGGCUCCGAGUCCGCCGCCGGUACCCCGCCCGCCGACGAGGACAAGGCCGAGCCCCAGCAAAUCACGUCAGAGCCCGAGAAGGUAGCGGCCGAGGGAGGGGUCGUGGCCGGCGUGGGCGGAGCCGGUGCGACGCCACGCAAAGGAUCAUCUCGGCGCAACGCGUGGGGGAACCAGAGCUACGCAGAUCUGAUCAGCCAGGCCAUCGAGAACUCGCCUGAGAAGAGGCUGACCCUGGCACAGAUCUAUGAAUGGAUGGUGAAAACAGUGCCUUACUUCAGAGACAAGGGAGACAGCAACAGCUCAGCUGGCUGGAAGAAUUCAAUUCGCCACAAUUUAUCACUCCACAACAAGUUCUUGAGGGUACACAAUGAAUCGACAGGCAAAAGCUCCUGGUGGAUGCUCAACCCAGAAGGAGGGAAAACCGGGAAAGCUCCUCGCCGCCGGGCCGCCUCCAUGGACAAUAGCAGCAAACUGCUGAAGAGCCGCAUGAGGGCCAAGCAGACCAAGAAGCAGGCGGCAGCAGCCGGCCUGGGGGGUGCUGGAGGAGCCCUGCAGGGCGAUGGGAGCACAGGUUCAGCAGGUGCAGACAGCCCUAAUUCGUCCCAGCAGUUUUCCAAAUGGGGGGUUAACAACAACAGCCCCUCGUCCCGCGGCACGCUGGAUGACACUGACAUGUGGACCACCUUUCGCCCACGCACAAGCUCUAACGCCAGCACCCUGAGCGGACGUCUGUCCCCCAUUGCUCCUGGACAGGAGGAUGACGAUAACCUGCCCGAGGACGGACUGCUGGGAAGAUACACUGCCAGCAGCUUGACCCCCACUCUCACAGAGACCCUCAUGGAGGAGCUGGAUCUAAUUGACGGCCUCACAUUGAUGACUGGGCAGCAGGGAGGGGCCAGUCCCAGUACAGCUCCACCAGCACCUCCCACUCCGCUGCCCUCCGCCUCCACCCUGCUUCCUCGUGGCUCCAGCUUUUCCUCCUUCCAUCAGCUGCAACCAUCCAGCCUCCCACAGGGCCCCAGUCACACGGGGACCCAGGCCUCUGCCUCCCAGUGUGGACCCAGCAGCAAAGAGCCGUCAACCUUUAGCAACUCCCUCUUCAACCCCAUGUCCAACUCCGGUUCUCGUGGGAGCGGCCAUUACAGCACCCACGUGCCUUCCAGCCUGGAGGCGCUGCUCACUUCCGACUCCCCUCCUCCCAGUGAUGUCAUGAUGACCCAGGUGGACCCCCUCAUGCCCAGUCCUGGAGGGGUGGGCCUGAUGGGCCUUGGCACAUCUGGGGGGAGGUCCGAACCCAACCAGCUGCUGUUGGGUAAAGGGCUGGAGCCAAACACAGUGGCCCCCAUGGCGCUGCAGGCUCAGAUGCAGCAGCAUCACCUUCACCAUCAGCAGCAGCCACAACAACAACACCAGCAUCACUCUCAGAUGGGGUUGGGGAUGAUCCUCUCAGGUAUGUCUCAGGACCCGUUGCAGCUCUCUGCCCUCAAAGCCCAGCAUGCCACGCUGCCAGCGGUGGGCUCUCAUCAUGGAGGGCCCAUCGCCUCAGCCAAUCCUGGCUUGAGCCUGCAGGGGAUGAGUCACUUUGGAGCUCCGUCCUGCUUCCAGACCGGUCAGGACCGACUGCCCACAGACUUGGACAUUGACAUGUUCACCGAAAACCUGGAUUGUGACGUGGACUACAUCAUCAACACUGACCUCAUGGACGGAGAUGAUAUCGACUUUAGCUUUGACCCCAUAAUGUCUGGAGGCCAAGGCUACGCCGGGCCAGCCACCACCACGCCGGGCUCCGCUCACAGCUGGGUGCCUAGCUAAUUCCUCAGUUGACCGCACAGUCAGCCAGGAACGGAUCUCCAAUCAAAAUAACCUCAAAAACCAACAUAACGACCGGUGCAUUCCUCCUCCCUGCUGGCUCGAGAUGCUAUUUUCAAAUGCAAUGCUUCUCUCAGACUUUUAAGACCAGACCCAUGUCAUGUGCCAAGACAUGUGGAGGACAGUGAGCAGGGAGGAGAGUUGUGUGUGUGUGUGUGUAUGUAUAUAUAUAUGUAUGUAUAUAUAUAUGUAUAUAUAUAUAUAUAUAUAUAUAUAUAUAUAUAACACUUCAACAAUUUGGCUGCUAGCAGUUAUUUCUUCUAAUCCAAACUGAUGAUUUUUAAAAGUCGUGUGACAUGAUGUUUUUAAGAGUGAAAGACAAAUCAUUAACUCCGCUCUGCUGGGAGUUUAUAUUUCGGUUAUGUUACACCAGAAUAGCUUUAGGGUGGAUACGGUACUCAAUGGCUUUGGUAUUGAAGACUUAAUGACUCAACUUGUGCGUUUUUGGAGAAAUGGCCAGUUUUCCAUUGACACCAGCAUGAACUGCCAGACUAAAUGCUGUUUAAGGUGCAGUGACCUUACUGCACCGUGAAAACUUUUUAUCACAGGAGUCGGAUUGUGUUGUGGAAGAUAAUAGACUGGACGACUGGAGGUAUAAAAUGUUUGAUUCAACAUUGGCUACACAUCUUGCCCAAUCGCGGACUACGAUUAUGUCCGAUUUAAAUUUCUCACUUUAGAGGGGAAGAAAAAGAUAAUGCAUAUUUUUUUUUCUCCAAUACAAAUUUGGUGAUUCAACAGUAAGGAGGGUCGUCUGUAUUUGCAGUUUGACAUUUUUUACUUCAAUCCAGUGUGUUAUGGUAGAUGUCAGUUAGAGGGUUUUUUUUAAUCCCUGAUGUGCAGUUGAACUAACGAAAUGAAGAAAUGUGAUUUGUGAAUUUAUACACAGGGCAUUCAAGGGUAAAUGUAUUUGCCAACAAGUGAUAGGUUGGCCGAGUAUUAUAUUGUUUUCGACAUCAGUAUGCCUCCACUGUCAAAAGGUCUAACUGAAUAUAUCUUCUUCCUUUUUGUUUUCAUCGAGCCUGUGCAUUUUCAAAGCACUUAGGUUUCCUGCGACACAGGGACCCCAAACUAGAAGACGCAUUGGUUAUACCAUUUCAUUAAAAUAGUUUAAAUCAUGUACAAAAAAACACAUGUUGCACAUGUACACGAUGACACACUAUGCAGAUUUAUCAGGAGAACUAAAUGAAAUCUUGAAGGAAAUUUUAAAAAAAAAAUCACUUCUUGAAGAGUUUUUUUUUCUUUUCUUUUUUUUACUUAACAUUUUCCUGAUAUUUUCAUGUCAGAAUAUUCUCUUACACUUUUAUUAAUUAGUUCAAUUCAGUUGAAUUAUCUGUGUGAGAAGUGCAAAAAAAAGAAUAAAUAUUUGAUUAUAGUUUUAUUAUACAAUUUAGAUGGCGGUAAUAAUAUUAAUACAUACAAAUAUAUUACUAAUGACAAGUGAUGUUUGGUUUUUUUUACAUUGGAGAAAGCAUUUUCAGAUAAUUUUUAAUGGGGAGUUUUCUAUACUUUUAUUUUUGUAAAGAAUGAGAUGCAUGUAGAUUUUUUUACAUAACCAAAGGAACACUAAUAUUUGCAUUUAGGGAGCGCUUCGGCCUGACACAGUAUCUCAGUGUACAUAAGCUUUGCAAAAGAUGCCUGUAACAUGAAAUCUGACUUUAAGAGUAAGGCAAAGUGCAUCAAUACUUGACCGUUUUAACUAAAAUGCCCAAUGAUCUGCCUCACUAUUUUCUGCAUUAAUUGUGAAUCCAAGUUAAAAAGAAAAACAUCCGCGCUGAAAUGUGGUACGACGAAUAGAAAAAGCUUCAUCGUCCCACUUUUCAACAUGCCGCUGAAUUCUCAUCUCAAAACAAGACUAAUACAACCGUUACCUCUCAGGGUCGCUCCGAAGAAAAACAACAGGAAAACAACGCUGCACAGUCGUAAUCGGAUAAAUAUUUAUUUUACACAUUUUCCCUGUUACAACAGACUGGAAAACACACUGUGUCUUUGUUUGUUUUCCUGGAGGAGUUUCUGUCUUAAAAAGAGUUGACCUCAAAUUUGACUUCCCUUUUGUAGAGAAAUGUAUCCCAGUUCUCCAGCCAUGUACUUAUAUCAGUACUAGCCUAUCCCUUUGGGGUAUUUUUUUUAUUUUGACUGCCAAUAUUUAAAACACUAUAGCAUGACUUUACUCUGUAGCAAGGUGGACUUUACCUUGUCAUCUUCCCCCUCUCUUAAAUUUUGUGUUUUGUGUUUGUAUUUAAUUGUUCAUAACCACAAAUAUUAUCCCUGCAGUUUAAACUCUCGUCAUCAUUCAUCAUUUCACUGUAGCUAUGUGAAUAUGUUAUGUCUCUGAUUUGAUAAAGCACUCUUUUUUUUGUUCCACAAAUGCUUUUUUUUACUUUUUGAAUGGUGCUAGAUUUCAUUUGUGACGUAUCCUGCAGUACGCCAUGAUGCAGUGGGUGCAUAUCAGGGCCUUUUGAAUUUUCUGUAUACAGCACAAGGAUCUUGAUUUGAUGGUAUAGUAGAAGUUAGCACAUGAUCAACAGUCCUUCCCCCUCCUUGUUUUUAUGUUUUUAUAUAUAUAUAUAUAUAUAUAUAUAUAUACUCGAUAACAACCCCCGUCAUUAAAUAGUGUAACAGAAUACCAGAUUGUUCAAACUGCAUGAUUUUAUUUUAAAUUACAUGUAAUUAUUUUUUAGAAAAGUUGUAUAUGCAAUUCCCCAAGUUUUUCUGAACUAAUGUCCAGGUGUUGGAAAUGUUAUUAACAGUUGAAAGGACAUGCAGACUGCAGCAUGUAAAAGAAGCGGUGGUUGGUGUGACGUCUCUAGUUUACUGUUGCCUCCUUUAAAAGGCAGGUGUGGUGUUAUUACUUCCUUUGUAUCACCUCCUCUAUGUAAUACUUAUCUACAUAUUUUAUUCUUCAGUUUUCGUUAAGUAGCCGUUAGUAUGUUUGUUUUGAAAUUUAAAAUUGCCCCAUUUGAUACAGUAUUUUAGUAUUUGGCAAGGGUUCUUCUUUCAUAAGGGGUGGUUGGGGUCGACAGGGAAUAAGUUGUGCAUAAGCCAAUUAUGUUUAUGAUUUUUGAUUGUUGAUAGUUUCUCUCUCCCCCAGUCUUUUUCUUUCUUUACACAUUGUAAAGUCAGCCAGAGAUGACAAACAGUUCUGAACAGCAGCAAUAAAUUCAAUAAACUGUUUAACCCA